UACAAGCAGUGUCACUAUACAGAGCCAUUACUACAUGUAUGUAGCCGGCAGUGUGUGACCGCUGUGCGUAUGAACAGCAGCUGCUGACGUAACGUGUCCGAAUCUGCUCCUGGCAGAGGGACGCCUGACUCCCGGCAUACGGGUGCCCGUGCUCCGGAGAGGCAGCUAGCGUCCCGGGCAGGUCGUAGUCCGAGUGACAGAGAGACCUUCAUCAGCAGGAAGGCUCCAUAGCUACACUGCCUGCAGUCAGCAAGUGUCACUGAGGGUCCUUCCUCCUCCUGCUUGUGUAUUCUCCUAGCUGUGAGUGAGCGCCCUGACACUGUCACCUGUAGAGUGGGAACACGGCACCUGGAGGAAUGAUGCAGGAGUUCCCAUCCAGCCCUCACAUGGAGAACUAUUCCUCACUCUUUAACGACUCCUGCAUGGGACUGGUGCUGUACCCAUGUAACAACGUCUCUGAGGGACGGGAGGACCCCCCUAAACCGCCCCAGUUGGUGGACGCCUGGCUUGUGCCCCUCUUCUUUGCCAUGCUCAUGGUGGUAGGACUUGCUGGGAACUCAUUGGUUAUCUAUGUUAUUUCCAAACACAAGCAAAUGAGGACUGCCACUAACUUCUACAUAGCUAACCUGGCCACCACAGACAUAAUAUUUCUUGUGUGCUGUGUGCCUAUAACAGCCGCUUUAUAUCCUCUUCCUGGGUGGAUAUUUGGAGAAUUUAUGUGCAAGUUUGUUAACUAUAUCCAGCAGGUAUCAGUGCAAGCUACCUGUGUGACCCUGACUGCUAUGAGUGUGGAUCGUUGGUAUGUGACAGUGUUCCCGCUGCGCUCCCUGCGUCAAAGGACUCCACGUGUGGCUUUCGCAGUGAGUCUAGGAAUUUGGAUAGGUUCUUUCAUUGUAUCUAUCCCAGUCCCCAUUUAUAACCAGCUCAUAGAGGGCUAUUGGUUUGGCCCACAGAUGUACUGCAUUGAAUCUUUCCCAUCUGUUUCCCAUGAAAAAGCUUUCAUCCUUUACAACUUCCUUGUGGUGUAUCUGCUUCCUCUUCUCACUAUUUGCAUCUGUUACUCUGCUAUGGUCUACCAGAUGGGACGGCCUUCUGUAGAACCAGUUGACAACAGCUACCAGGUACAGCUUCUGGCCGAACGCUCCGAGGUGAUGCGUACCAAGAUUUCACGCAUGGUGGCAGUCGUUGUCUUGCUCUUCACUAUCUGCUGGGGUCCCAUCCAGCUGUACAUUCUAUUUCAAGCUUUUAGUCCCACCUUCAAACGUGACUAUUACACCUACAAGAUUAAGAUUUGGGCCCACUGUAUGUCCUACACCAAUUCAUCAAUUAACCCCAUUGUGUAUGCCUUCAUGGGUGCAAACUUCCGCAAAGCCUUUAACAAGGUCUUUCCUUUUCUCUUCAAGCAACGAGUUGGCAGCACUGGAGUGGCCAAUGCUAAUGCCAACACUGAGAUGCAUUUUGUGUCCUCAGGUACUUAGGUUAAGGAAUAUUUGCAGCUACUGUCUAUAGGGGACAGAAAACCUCUAUACAGGGCUCUUUUUUACUGAAUCUUACAUAACAGCUUUGCAUUUACUAUUCUCAAAAAUCUUUUUUACAGACACGAUACUGUAUGCUAAACUGAUAUUAGAGUUAAUUUUAUUGAAUAGAGCAGGUACAUAGGGUUUUAUACUGAAAUCACCAACCUGGACAUUGAAAUAUUGUUACCUGUGUUAACCAGGGUAAAAAGAACUCACUAUAAUGUCCCAGAGAAGCUGUCUGAACAAGCAAUGAACAACGUCAAUGGCACAGAAUUAAUGUAUAAGAUUCCAUUAUCCACCCAGUAUGCAAUAAUGCUGAACUGGACACAGCUUCUAGCUGUGACUGAAAAGCCUGUUUCUUCUACUGAUAAGGGGAUACACGCAUAUAUCUGUACUACAUGUAUUGUACAUGCAUUUCCAAUUACAUUAUAUUUGUUCUUGGAGGAAAUUCACUGUCAAAUAAAAUUUAUAAGGAACCAUAGCAACAGAUAGUAAGAAGAAGAGAUUAUUAUUAAAAUUAUUUUGAGACCUUGCAUAUAAUUAAAUUAACAAAUAAAAACAUAUUUCUUUUCAAAUUA